GGAGAGUCUCAUGGAGCGAUUGCACGAAUUACUAUGGAUAGUCAUCCCAAUUUCGACUGGGAAACCCCAAUGGCCAAUGGGAAAGCACCUUGUUCCCAGAAAAAAGGGGCUCAAAAUGGACGUCUGAAGGGUAAGAAAGAAAGCCCGUAAGAACUCACUAAUAAUUUAAGCCAGGGAUACUCCGCAUCAGACCCAACAGUAUAAAUAGCCCCGAGUGGGCAGGACCAAUUCAUUCUACUCCAGCCGCUUCGACAAUCAACAUCAGCUUGAUUUCCUGUGCUCUCAUCGUUUGUGUCUGGAACUACGCAGAAGCCUUCAAAAUGAAGAUCGUUUUGGGAUUGCUUGGGUUAUUCUGCCUGACGGCUUUGACCCAUGGGGCCAAAGACGAGAGUGAAGAUCUCACCCCUGCUGAGUCCGCCCAGUGGGGCGGGUCUGGAUAUGGGGGCUACCCUGGGGGCGGCUAUGGAGGAUACGGUGGAGGAGGUUACGGUGGCGGCUAUGGAGGCUAUGGUGGUGGCGGCUAUGGAGGCUAUGGUGGCGGCGGCUAUGGAGGCUACGGAGGAUACGGAGGAGGUCAUCGCCAUCAUCAUCAUCAUCAUGGCUAAAUCUUUGGGCAACCAUCUUUUCCCCUUCUACAGUUUCAUCUCCUGAGUCAUCCAUCGGCCGUUUCCAUUCGCAUCGCUCAGCUUAACCACAAAAGGGAGUUAUUUUUGUCAUUACCAAAGAUGAUAUCUUUGUGAUCUUGAAUAAACCUCAGAGAGCAUUUCAUACAUCGUUAAAUA